GCGCUGUCAGUUGAUGAUGGGUGGAUGCCCUUGUUGUUGUUGUUGUAUGGGCAAGUUGCAGGCGCAGAAGAGGCCGUUACGUAAAUGCAUAUAACGGAUUUAUUGGCUGGAUUCCAUCGACUUCCUGAUUGCCCACUGCUGUGUACUUCUCUGGCUGCUUGCUGUUCGAGCCGAGUCCAGUUGGAUGCCGCUUCACCGGUUGCUGGAUUUACGCGGCCGAGAUUACUCCUGAAAGUGCUCCCCCAGCUUGUGCCGUUGUUGUUCUGCUUCCCCCCCCCCCUGAUCUCCUAAUAUCCAUCCAUCCAUCCUUCUUCUCUCUUUCCAUCGGGUUUCUUGUUAUUCUUCCAGAUCAUCUCUUCUCUCUUCUCUUCUUCUCGCUCAUCCCUCAUUUCUCUCUCCCCUCCCCCCCUAUCAGUAUCACUCAUACCCAACACCGAUCACCUUCACCAUGCCCUUCGUCAGCGGAAAAUCCUCAAUCUUUCAUGUUGGAGCCAAAACAUGGAGACCCAAAACGGCCGACCAGCAGUUCCUCGAAAGUCAACGCAAGAGGAUGGCCGAGGAAGAGCAGAUGAAAAAAGUCGAGGUCCAGGAAAGGAUAAAAACCCUCGACCAAGUUCGCAAGUUGGAGGAAAAAACUCAAGCCCUCAAUGAAUUGGCCUUGUCGGCCGAACUCAAAGCUCAGGAGCAUGGACUCGCUCUGCGCGAACGCCAAGUCGCUGAAGCCAAGCAUCUCGAGAUAGCGAAGCUUGAGCUGGCUAAGCGUGAAGGGCGGGAAUCGCUCAGUGAAGCUGAUUUGGCUAGAAUCAAGAAUGAAAGGCUGAGAACCGAAGCUUUGGCUAGAGCAGCCAGAGAUCACGCUGUACGAGAAAAUCAUCGGCCGGUGACCCCGGUUAAUUUGGGUCCGACUAGAGUCCACGUACCACCACCACCACCGGUCCCGCAUCCUUUACCCAUACAGAAUCGCCCACCUUCUGUGCAAUCGAUCAACAGAGCGCACUUAGGACCUUCCAGAAUUCCUUCCGGGCAUAUGCAAAAUGCCUCAAUGGGCCAUAGACUUGGUCCUCCCGAACCUGCUCCUCGGGCCCGUCGAAUGUCUGAAAGCCUUGCUCGCCCUCCCCCUGGACUUACCCAUCCCCCACUGGGAGCUCCUAAUCAUCACCAUCAAUCGCGCGGGCUAGGCCAUGCACCUUAUCCGAAUCCUCAUGCUCGCCGCCUCAGUGGAAAUAAUCUCACUGCCGAAAUGGCUCUCAGGGCCCAAGCUGAAAGGCUCCGAAGGAGAAAAUUAGAGACUCUUGACCUCAAAGCUAGACAACAUAACUUGAAAGUACAGGCAUUGCGAGAUCUUCGGAAGCGUGAAUUAGUUGCUGAAUUACGGGAGCGUGGGUUGCAACAACGAGAGAUCGAGACCCAAGUCAAUUUACAAGCGGAGCGAGAAAGGGCCCUUACUGAAGCUCAACUUCGCGACAUACGUGAUCGAGACCAUCGACUGAAAUUGAAGGAAAAAGGCUUACAAGAGAGGGAGAUUCUGGACCACCUCCGAAGAAGGCAAGAAAAUGACCGUGAAGCCUUGCGACGAGAGCUUGAAUUAUUGGAGCAUCAACUACACCGUAAAGAAAUUCUCGAAGCCGAGUUGUCCAUCAAACGAGCCAUGGAGAAAGGCGAAUCACCUCCCAUGGGCAUUUCUCGACCGUCAAUUGAAGAAAUCGAAACCGAAGGUCUACUCAAUGACAUGUAUGACGAGUUUGACGUGCUGGGUCCUUACCUGCGUCACGAGGCGGUAUCGGACAGCAGCAUGUCGGCGGAAUACAGACCACGCACACCCAGUGGUUUCGCGAGUCUUGGCUCUCGCACUCCCAACAUCAAUCAACACGUCCAUAUGCCCAGUGUCGGCCACCUAACCCCACACCACCAUCCUUCUCCUGGUGGACCAAUGAUGGGACAUCAGCCACAUGACCGUCUUCACGAGGAACAGAUCAGGCGAAACGAAGAUAUGCAUAUGCGACAGGAUUUACUCAACCCCUCAUUAUCCAGAGCGCCAACCCCAAGACACCGAGAUGGUCCAUCCCGACAAGCAACUCCACAGCCACAUCGUGAUGGACUCGAUAGUAAUAGACUUAGUGUUGGGGGCAGAAUGACGCCCGCCAUGAGAGGCGAAGAAUUCCUAGGUGAUAACCUUACCCGAACCCCAGGCCGUUCUCGCAGUCAAAGCUUUGAUCAUCGUCGUUCCCCCAGCGUUGGCAUGACUGGCAGAGAGCGUGAAGAAUCCCGUAGUAGGGCUCGCGAGGGCAGCAGGGUCCGCGAGGAAUCUAUCAAUCGAGCUCGUGAACCAUCUCGCAGCAGACACAACUCUCAACUAUCGUUGAACCGUGAAGAUGUGAUGUCGAUCGCCCGUGCAGAGUCUAGGGCAGCUCUCAGGGAAGAAUUCGGAGCUCGUGAACGAGAAAAAGAGAAGGCUGAGAUGAAAGCGCUCGAAUCCCAACGCUUGCGAGGCCAAUUGAGGGCGAGGGAAGAACAUAAUCGAUUGAGUUCGGGCUUUACUCAUCUGAUGUCGACUCCAUCAAUGAGUCAGAUGGGCACUCCAUCUAUGGGUCAUCACAUGCCGAAUCCGUCGAUGGGUCAUCAAAUGAUGUCGAACUCAAGCAUGGCUCAUCAAAUGAGCCCAGCUCCAUCUAUGGGUCAUCAAAGAACACCCAGCAUGAUCGAUAACCUAGAUCCCAACUACUAUCAUGACAGUCACCAUCUAGAUGUACAUCCCAGGCCAUCUUCCAGGGCUAGCAGUCGAGUCCACGACUUCGAUUCCAUCUCCCGGCCCGCGUCUAGAUCUGGAAGCAUACGCGCCGACUAUAGUCCUAUGCAGCCACGGCUAGGACUUCCUAGCCGACCAUCGUCUCGCAACCUUACUGCUGAAGAUCUUGGACUUCAAUUCGGAGGAGAACCGGCGGAGCAGAUACCCCAUAUCAAUCACAUCAAUAAUGAUGCGCUCCUAUCAGCUCGGCUCGAAAGUGCGGCCCUGAAUAGUGAAAUCAAUGGCGGAAGAAGAUCGCGUGCCAACAGCCGAUUAGAUCCAAUGGAUGACUACCGUGAGAUGGAUAACAGCCAUUUGAGCGCCGAUCUCAACGCAAUGAACUUGAACGGCGGCGGCGGUCGUUCCCGCGCAAACAGUCAUACUGAAAUGCAUGGCGAAGAUUUCUUGCGAAGCGCUAGGAGUCAACUUGGCAAUGAUUUCGAAACAAGCAGCAACAUGGGCAGCAUGCGCUCCCGUUCAAACAGUCAUGUCGGGUUAUCAAACAACGAAGGCUUAUCGCCGAAUCCUCGUCGAGAUCACCUUGGAUCUGAACUUACUAAUAAUACAGGUGGUCGACGAUCCAGGGCCAACAGCAUCACCCACCCACAUGCAAUGGGCCCUACUCUCCAGCCCGAUGGCGAAAUCAAGGGGAACUUGAUUGGCCUUGGACGCUCUCCGCGUGGCAAUCCGCACCCAGAUCUCUAUGGCGCCGAACAAGGACUUGGAAAUCUAACCAAUGAAGAAUUGUCGCAAUUGAGCACCGAAGAAUUGGAACAGAUUCUGACUGGUCAAGGGGAUCGGUCACCGAUGAAGAAUGCGAGUUCGGCAUGGGCCGGUUCCAUCAGAGGAGGGGAUGAGCGACCGAUUCCUGGGGAUGAGUUCGGCACCCACCACGGCAGACACGAGAGCGGGUCGAUGGGCGGGAUGAAUAAUUUGGAUGUAGGCGGUGAUGGCCAGGCUCGUGGUGGACACCAUCACCAUCGCAACUCCCGUCUCGGGGUCGAGGAAUCGCCCUUGUUUGGGGCACCACGCGAUUACCACAGUCCGAUCGAUCCCCCACGCCCUCUGAGUCGAGCGGAAACGACGAGUAGCCGUCAGUAUGGCGGGCCGAGUGGGCUUCAACGCUAUGAUCAGGCCGCGGAGACGGCGAUGAUUCGCUCGAGGUUGGACUCCUCGCCCAACAUGGCACCAUCAUCAUCCGUCUACAACAACAAGCCGGCCUACCAUCAUGAGCAAUAUGGUUCGGGAAAUGGAUAUCCGGAGGUUGAUGGAGGACUCGUCGGUCGGUUCGGCUCCGAUUGUGGUCAGAUGGACGAGGACGAUUUCAUCAUCACCGAAAAGACCGAACAGCCCGGCGCAAGAAUCGUCCGCAGCUUCGGCCUCGUUCAGGCUAGUUCAAGGGGCUCGCCUCGCUCGGCUGGUUUUGGUGGCCGCUAUGAUGAGUUUAAUGACCGUCAAGACACCCAUCAAGCCGUCAAGAAUUUGAUCACCAUUGCUAACCAACGCGGCGCUAACGGCGUGGUUUGUUUGCGCGUCGACGAUGGCCCUGAUGGGACCUAUAUCGCAUCGGGUGAGGCGGUCCGAUUGGAAACGAUCUAGAGCCACCGCCAAUCACAACAUUUUUAACACGGCGGUUGGAAUUCUAGCUGCGCAACUCACUUGCUUCUUUCCUCUUUGCUUCUGCUCAUUGGUUUUUUGGUAUGGUACUUUCAAAAAAGGGGGGGGGGGGGGAACGGGGGCUAUUUCAGUUUCCUUUCUUACUCUAUCUUUUCCGGUCUUGGAUAUCUCAUCUUCAAAAAAAAAAAAAACAAGAAGAAGAAGAUUGGCUGCUGCUACUGCCAAAAAAAAAAAAGACGAUUUGAGCCGCACAUAUAUUUAUACAUCUAACCCACUCAUCUUGCAUCCGACUUUUUCUGUUAUAUGGAUGGUGCGGACUCUGUACAACUUAUCAUAGUCAUCUUCUUUUCUCUCUCUUUCUCUUUUAUUUUCUUUUCAUUAUAUCUCAAUUCAACUUAUGUCAAGACAAUCACACAAAAAAAACCAACACACAAGAAGACAGAGAUCUGCUCAUUUUAUUGCCUCUUACUCAUUUCUUGAUUGGUGUUAUCUUUAAAUCAACUAAAAUGUAAAGAAGACUGAUUCCGGCAUAUCUUUUACUUGAAUCCAUAUGAGGCAGUCUGUCAUGUGGUAGGUGGCUCAUUGUACAGACAUCUAAGGAUGAUAAUCGGGCGGGCUUGGCCGUCUCGGGCCUGCCCUUUCUCGGGCGGGUCAGGCCGGGCUGCAUUCAGAAAAUCGGCAGCCCGACCCAAACCCGUAUACAAUUCGGGCUGCCCGUGGGCCGCCAUCUAAACGGGCUUUCGGGCCUAUGGCGGGCUGCCCGCGGGCUUGGUGUAUUAAAAAGACUGCAUGCAAAGAAAAAGACAAACCAGAUUUAUUUCUUGUAUUUUUUCAAUCAAACAAUUCAAACUUUGGGAACAAAUCGUGUAUGUGGAUGGAG